AUGAGAUUCAGCACUAGUUUGAUCUUGAUCAAGCUUUUAGUAAUUCAGUACCUCUCAGUUCUCUGCGUUUCGCAGGACUUUGAUUUCUUCUACUUUGUUCAACAGUGGCCAGGAGCAUACUGUGACACCAAGCAUACUUGCUGUUAUCCAAAGUCAGGAAAGCCUUCAGCAGAUUUUGGCAUUCAUGGGCUUUGGCCUAAUUACAAGGAUGGCUCCCUACCCAUCUAA